CAGGCUGGGGCCCUUGGAAGGUCCUUAAAAUUUGAUUGCUUUAGCUUUAAGUUUUCCCGCUGGUUUAGGGAAAGCGACCCGCAGCCUCAAGGAGAGGAGACAAGCUUCUGGUUCCGGACGUACGGAUAGGCCCGGGGAACUCGCAGUCUGAAACAGGAAACUGCCCGAACCCGGACGAGCAUCCUCCAAGGGAUAGUCAGGAAACGCUUCCCGAGGUGGGAAACAAGGGUCCUGCCUUCCGAGAGCCCCUCUAAAGGAUGACUCAAGACCAGCCUUUGCUCGCGGUGCAGGAGGCCCUGAGGAAGUGCUUUCCCGUGGUGGAGGAGCAGCAGGGCCUGUGGCAGAGCGCUCUCAGGGACUGCCCGCCCCUUCUGGCCUCCCUCAGCAACCUGGCAGAGCAGCUGCAGGCCGCACAGAACCUGCGAUUUGAGGAUGUGCCGUCACUUCGGGCCUUCCCAGACUUACAGGAGCGGCUGAGGCGCAAGCAGCUGGCGGCUGGUGACACUCUCCUGGACAGGCUAGAGGAGAGGCUAGCCGCCCUCCUCAAGGUGCGUGAUGUAGUCAGCAGCCACGUGGAACACGUGCUUCAGAUCUAUGAGCAGCAUGCAGACAUGAUCAGCCUCGAUGCUGUCCUGCAGGCUUCAGCUUCGAGCCCCUCUGUGGCUGAAAUGUUGGAGUGGUUACAGGAUAUCGAGAGACAUUAUCGAAGUUUGUACCUGAAGAGGAAGUACCUUCUGUCCUCAAUCCAGUGGGGAGACUUGGGAAACAUCCAAGCUUUGCCCAAAGCCUGGGACCGAAUUUCGGAAGACGAACACCCAGACCUUGUACGAGAUAUCCUGUUGAAUGUUUCCUUCUUCCUGGAAGAGUGAAGAAGCCGUGUGUUUAUCGGGAGACUAGGGGGACGCAGUUGAAGACCGACAUUGCUGCGCUCUGAUAUUUCUAAAGAAAUGUCAGCAUUGCAACUGGACUUAUUGGAAAUGUCAAUGCCUAGAGCCUGAGGAUUGUGCUGGAUGUUUCUGAUGUUGGGUCUUCUUCAUGCCAGGUCGUGGGUGAGGGCACAUGGUCACACCUUGCCGUUUCCUAAGGCUCAGGGGAGUGGACGGAGACAGAGAGCAUGCAGGAAAGGCCGUGCAGAAGAACACUGGGGGCAGAAGCCACAGCCACAGAAGUGGUAAGGAAGGAAAGGACAGGGGUAGAGAGUGCCGCUGCCCCCAGCAUCAUCCAAAGCUCUGAGCCUCGUUGACACCAGGUCCUGGUUUCGUGUAUUUGUGUCAGUACCCAACUCCUUGAUGCAAAAAAGUGGCUUUGAUGAUUUAAAGAAGUAAGGGGUGGGACUUCCCUGGUGGUCCAGCGGUUAAGAAACCACCUUCCAAUGCAGGGGACACAGGUUUGAACCCUGGUCGGGGAACUAAGAUCCCACAUGCCGAGGGGCAGCUAAGCCUGCGUGCCACAACUAGAGAGAAGCCCGCGUGCUGCAACGAAAGAUCCCAUGUGCCGCAACUAAGACCUGACACAGCCAAAUAAAUAAAUAAAUAUUAAAAAAAAAAAGAAGUAGAGGUGAUGUUAGAAAACAGUUACUGUUUUCGAAUUGCAAUAGCUCCUUAUCCUCGAAACAAUUUCAGUUUCCAGAGCCUACCACCAGGGGGAGGUAGUGCAGCAUGAAUUAUUCUGAAUGCUUUGUGUUUGGAGGGGUUCCCUUGUUGCUCUUACUAUCUGAGAGUAAGUAACUGGUGAUUGUGGGACUCCUAAAAUAACAAUUUUUUGUUUUUUGGUUUUUUUAAACCAAAGCUGGUGACUGACUUGCUACAGUUCUCUGAUCUUGGGGUAGCUGCAUGGAUGGGAGAACACCAGCUCACAGUCAGGCGUUCAGGGUUGGGUUUCUGAGGCCCAGUGCCUUCAUCAGUGAAAUGGUCGUGGUACUUCCAGACCUGUCAACUUCCUGGGCUGGUGUAAAAAUCUGGGUCAUUGGAUGUAAAGGGGCUUAAUAAAGAAUAUAGAUAUUUUUCAAAAUGAAAAUGACUUUUUUAGUAUUACAAAAGUGAUAUAUGCUUUUUAAAAAACAGUAGAAAAAUUGUAGAAAACAUUUAAAAUGCAGAAAAGUAUAAAACAAGCUCCACCAGAGAUAUUUUGUUAAGCAUCUUUUUAGUGUCCAUAUUCACA